GUUCCCACAGGCCACUCUCCAACAUCAAGGAUGGUGGAUGGAUCUGAGACGUCGUCCACCGAGGUUGACAGAUUCGAAACUAACGGUCUCAAAUCGAGUCGUAAUCCAUCCUGAAAGGCGAAUCCGGCACCGUCAGCCAUAGUACCAGUGGAGGCGUGGCCGCCGAGGAGGACGGAGAAGGUAGUCGGUUUCAGUUGCAGUCGAUGGAGAUGGUGAAUGACGGCGGUUGCAUCGGUGAAGGAGAAGAGUUUUUGUUGUGCGGCGACGACGGCGGAAGAACUGCGGCAGCGAAGCCCUAAAGAAAGAGAUGGAAUGACUAAGCCUAGAAGAGGAGGAAGGAGAGAUGUCGGUUGAAUUGUUACUGCAAGAAGAAAGACAAGAGACGGGGUGAAGCUAGAUGAAAAUGUCGACGGAUGUCUGGAGGAAGACGUGACGAUCCCAUUUUCGAGGAGCCACCACUAGGACGGGAAGACCCGCCACCUCAGCCUGAUAUCCCAUUUGCUACUAUUGCUGAUCGCAGACGCUUCCAGGCAUGGGGGCAAUACCGCACACUCCUUCCUCCCAUGAUCCUGGACCCGACGAUGCUAGAGGAAUGGGGGUACUGGGAUGAGAUUGAUUCCCUGCUAGGAGACUCUUUAUGGCGGAGGAUUCUAUUCGUUCAGGAGAGGGCCAGCCUUCCAUUGACGAUGGAGUUUCUGUGCUCCGUUCAGUUCACUCAUUACGGACAGGCUGUGCAGGAGGGUGCUGUUAUUGGGUCAGAGUCUCGGAUGAGGUUUACUAUUCUAGGCAUGGAGCACUCCAUAACUGUGGCUGAGCUCGGAUGGAGGAUGGGGCUCUAUACCCCAGCAUACACACAGACUGAGGAGUUCCGUGCUCUUCCGACCCGCUUACCCGAGGCAUUUGACAUUGAUGAGUUCUGGCACAGACACUCCACAGACACCAGAUCAUUUCUCCGGAUGCACCCCCAUUCGAACAAAUGGAGGGAGACUCACUGGUACAUACUCUCGUUCGUACUUUCUUGUGGUUUUUUUGGACGACCUAACAACACAAACAGGUUGUCCAAAAAGGACAUACUAUUCUUUUGGAGUUUGAUUCACCGCAUCCCGGUGAAUAUGGCUGUCCUUAUGGCUCGUUUCUUCCGGAGCCAGGGGAAGACUGUGCGGCGCACUAUCCAGGCAGGGCCUUUCAUCACUACUCUCGUUAGAUCAUUCUACCCAGAUCUAGACAUUCCGGGGCUACUGCACUUACAGGAUAGCAUCCGCGUUCUUCGAUCCUCAUCCUUUACCAACAUGAGGAUCAAGAAGAAGCGGAAUACUCAGGAGCUCCCAGGUAUUGAGCAGCCGACCCAGCAGGGUAGUUCUUCUCGACCCUCAGGACAUGAGGGAUCUAGCGAGCCCUUUUCAGACAUGCCUAGCGCCGCAGAUUGGAGAGCGAUGAUGGAGGGGAUGCGGAGUCUCCAGACUUCAGUUGUUGAGAUACGAGAUGCACAGGAGAGAGGAUUCCAGGAGAUGCGAGAUGCGCAUGCGACGGCCCUAGGAGAGUUCAGAGACUUUCGAUUAGCUCAGGAGAGAGCCACCCGGGAUAUGCAGGAGGAGUUAGAGACCCAGAGGCUAGAUAUUGAUGAGAUGAGAGACUGGCUUAGGCCACACUAUGGCCCUCGGGAUUACGCAGGCGAUGCUUAGUUUUGCUUCUUCCUUGACAUUUUUUUUUGUGUUUGUUUGUUUCUUCAGGUUGGACAUUGCGC